AGCUGGUAUUAAGAGGAAAGGAAAGGAGGGUGGAUGGAAGGAAAGGCGUAAGCAACAGAGGUACACUCCUCCAGAGGAAACAGGUAAAGCUGGCUGGGAUCAGAGACACAGUCAGUGUGUCGGAGCGCUGCAGAAAGCUUCCUGAAGCCGCUGAGGAAGAAGUGACCGAGAAAGACAAAAACCAUGGCUGUGAAUAAAUGCAUCAAAUACCUCCUCUUCUUCUUCAACCUGCUCUUCUGGAUUAGUGGUUGCAUCAUCCUCGGCGUGUCCAUCUACCUGAAGGUCAACAAGGAUGGAAACGAGAUCACCAAUGAGUCUCUGCCAGGCAUCGACCUGAUGAUCGCCAUCGGGGUGAUCAUCCUGGUGCUCGGCUUCCUCGGCUGCUGCGGCGCCAUCCGGGAGAACCGCUGCAUGCUGCUGCUGUUCUUCAUCAGCCUCCUCAUCAUCUUCAUCCUCCUGCUCGCCGCCGGCAUCCUGGGAGCCGUGGAGGAGAAGAAGGUGAAAAACUGGAUGAAGGAACGUCUGACGAAGUUCACCCCGCUGUCAUCCCAACCAGCAAAUGUGAUUGAAGACCUGGAGAAGCUGCAGAAAGAGCUGAAGUGCUGCGGGCUCGUUAAAGGACCGUCAGAUUGGACCAAAAUCCCCGACUCGUGCCGCUGCAACGCCACCGAAUCAGACUGCGUGAACAACUCAGUUUACAAAGAGAACUGCUCGGACAAAAUCAUCAGUCUGAUGGAGCAGCACAUGGAGGUGGUGCUGGGGAUCGCCUUCGCCAUCGCCAUCCUGCUGAUUUUCGGCAUGGUGUUUGCUAUGAUCCUCUACUGUCAGAUCAGCAGGAAGGAUGGCGCCACCACCACCACUGCCUGACCAUAGGGCAGCAGCCAAUCAGCAGAGCCCAAAGAACCUGCGUGACCUCAGUGCUAUACCGUAACCUAACCCGUGCUUUUAUUUUGAAGGGCCACACUGAGGUUUUGAACACAGCAGUCUGGUCACAAGAGUUAUAUAUAAAGCAGGCGUGGAUGUGAGUGUGUGAAAAGCUGUUAAAUUAAUUCAACAUUUUGUCAAUUUUUCUUUAUUUUUUAUAACAACAGUCCAUGUUUCCCUCUCACCGUGGCCCCGAGGAACAAAACAGAAAGAUGAUUGUAAACAUAUAAUAAUUGGUGCGACCUGGGGCUUAUUACGUCUGCUAACAUAUAUAAAAUGUCACUGGUAUUAAAUCUUUCAAAUGUUUUUCCUGUACCCGUAAAUGUUGUUGUUUGAUAUGCUUGUUUUUCUGCUGUGUGUAAAAAGCUUAAACUCAAAUGUGUUUUAAUAACAAAGUAUGUUUCACUGUAGUUGUUUCGGGUCUGAACAUUUACUCACAUUGUCCCCAAAUAAUCCUCAGGUAACUGUUCCUAAUAUACCUUCACUUCCCCUUCAGAGAUACACUACAUAAUAUAAAUACGCCUCACAUAUCCUGUUGUGUUAUAGAUGGUAUUCAGUGAGUGUUUGGUCGGUUUGGCAGGAGGUUUUUUUAUCGUCUAACUUGAGUUAAGUUUGUGGACGUCAAAAGUGUCAUACUAAAGAAAAAGGGGAAUAAAAAAUGAAACGUC